GGUAUGUGAAUUGUGGUAUCGGCUAGGGAUGAUCCUGGUGAGAGACUAGUUCAAGGAAGCCACUAUAAAAGCUUCCGUAGCAAGUUCGAGGAUUUCAGUCAUUGAUAGUUUGUGAAGUGGUGAUUAGUAUUCUAUCUACCGGUGCUAUUGUUGGAGCACAAAACACUCGCUCGCUCGAUCUCUCUCUCACAAACGCGCGCGCCCCCAAACAGUCUUCUUCGCAUCUUACUUCAGUAACCCCCGCUAACCACCCAAAAACAGCCUCAAGAUGUGUGAUGAUGAUGCAGGAGCACUGGUCGUUGACAACGGAUCGGGCAUGUGCAAGGCCGGCUUCGCUGGUGAUGAUGCCCCGCGUGCCGUAUUCCCGUCGAUCGUCGGUCGACCCCGCCACCAGGGUGUGAUGGUCGGUAUGGGUCAAAAGGAUGCUUACGUGGGUGACGAGGCCCAAUCGAAGCGAGGUAUACUGACGCUCAAGUAUCCCAUCGAGCACGGUAUCAUCACAAACUGGGACGACAUGGAGAAGAUCUGGCAUCAUACGUUCUACAAUGAGUUGCGUGUGGCGCCAGAGGAACAUCCGGUGCUGCUGACCGAGGCCCCCCUCAAUCCGAAGUCAAAUCGCGAGAAGAUGACACAGAUCAUGUUCGAAACGUUCGCUGCCCCGGCGGCUUACGUGGCCAUUCAAGCCGUACUGUCACUGUACGCCUCUGGUCGUACCACCGGAAUUGUGCUUGACUCCGGAGAUGGUGUCUCGCAUACCGUUCCGAUUUACGAAGGUUAUGCCCUGCCACACGCCAUUCUUCGUAUGGAUUUGGCCGGUCGUGAUUUGACCGACUAUCUGAUGAAGAUUCUGACGGAGCGCGGCUACUCAUUCACCACCACUGCCGAGCGGGAAAUUGUGCGCGAUAUCAAGGAGAAGCUGUGCUAUGUUGCACUGGACUUUGAGCAGGAAAUGCAAGCCGCUUCGGCUUCAUCCUCAUCGGAGAAGUCUUACGAACUGCCCGAUGGACAGGUCAUUACCAUUGGUAACGAGCGCUUCCGCGCUCCGGAGGCUCUAUUCCAGCCAUCCUUUUUGGGCAUGGAAUCAACCGGUAUCCACGAGACCGUGUACAACUCAAUCAUGCGAUGCGAUGUCGACAUCCGAAAGGAUUUGUACGCUAACAGUGUCCUGUCUGGUGGAACCACCAUGUAUCCAGGUAUCGCCGAUCGCAUGCAGAAGGAAAUCACCUCACUGGCUCCGUCCACCAUCAAGAUCAAGAUCAUCGCACCGCCCGAGCGUAAGUACUCGGUCUGGAUCGGUGGCUCCAUCCUGGCCUCGCUGUCCACCUUCCAAACGAUGUGGAUCUCGAAGCACGAGUACGACGAGGGCGGCCCGGCAAUCGUCCACCGCAAGUGCUUCUAAGCUUCCGAGCCCUGAGCACACCAUCACACUGCCAGACUGUUGUGUCAUCGUGUAUCCAUUUUUAAUUAUCACUUUAUCUCAUGUUCUUUUUUUGGAAAUAUAUUUUGUAUGCAUCUAUCGUUA